UCCCCGGAGACGUGCGGCCGGCCAGCCCCUCGGGAAUGUGCUGAUUGACACCGGCCCGGGACCGUCCUCUCCGCCCUUAUUGUCAGCCUCGGUGCGGCGGCGGGAAGCAUGCGUGACUACGACGAGGUGAUCGCCUUCCUGGGCGAGUGGGGGCCCUUCCAGCGCCUCGUCUUCUUCCUGCUCAGCGCCAGCAUCGUCCCCAACGGGUUCAACGGCAUGUCAGCCGUGUUCUUGGCGGGGACGCCGCAGCACCGGUGCCGGGUGCCGGAGUCGGCCAACCUGAGCGGCGCGUGGCGCAACCACAGUGUCCCGCUGCGGCUGCAGGACGGCCGCGAGGUGCCGCACAGCUGCCGCCGCUACAAGCUGGCCGCGCUCGCCAACUUCUCGGCGCUCGGGCUGCUGCCGGGGCGCGACGUGAACCUGACGGAGCUGGAGCAGGAGAGCUGCCUGGACGGCUGGGAGUUCAGCCAGGACGUCUACCUGUCCACCAUCGUCACCGAGUGGAGCCUGGUGUGCGAGCACGACUGGAAGACGCCCCUCACCACCUCCCUGUUUUUCCUGGGCGUGCUCUUCGGCUCCUUCGUGUCCGGGCAGCUGUCAGACAGGUUUGGCAGGAAGAGCAUCCUCUUCAGCACCAUGGCCGUGCAGACUGGCUUCAGCUUCCUGCAAAUUUUCUCCGUCAACUGGGAGAUGUUCACUGUGCUGUUUGUCAUCGUGGGCAUGGGCCAGAUCUCCAACUACGUGGUGGCCUUCAUACUAGGAACAGAAAUUCUUGGCAAGUCAGUUCGUAUUAUAUUCUCCACGUUAGGAGUGUGCACAUUCUUUGCAGUUGGCUACAUGCUGCUGCCACUGUUUGCUUACUUCAUCCGAGACUGGCGGAUGCUGCUGCUGGCGCUGACGGUGCCGGGGGUGCUGUGCGUCCCGCUGUGGUGGUUUAUUCCUGAAUCUCCCCGGUGGCUGAUAUCCCAGAGAAGAUUUAAGGAGGCUGAAGAGAUCAUAAGGAAAGCGGCAACCAUGAACAACAUCACGCCCCCCAUGGUGAUAUUUGACUCCACGGAGCUACAGGAGCUAAAACCUCUGAAACAGCAGAAAGCAUUCAUUCUGGACCUGUUCAGGACUCGGAACAUUGCCACUAUAACCAUUAUGUCUUUGUUGCUGUGGAUGCUAACUUCUGUGGGUUAUUUUGCUCUGUCUCUCAAUGCACCUAAUCUACACGGAGAUGCCUACCUGAACUGCUUCCUCUCUGCCUUGAUUGAAAUCCCAGCGUACAUCACAGCGUGGCUGCUCCUGCGGACCCUGCCCCGGCGUUACAUCAUAGCCGGGGUGCUGUUCCUGGGAGGGGGUGUGCUGCUUUUAAUUCAAGUCGUGCCUCCAGGUUACUCUGCUUGGUCCAUUGGUCUGGUGAUGCUGGGGAAAUUCGGGAUCACCUCGGCUUUCUCCAUGCUCUAUGUCUUCACCGCAGAGCUCUACCCCACCAUGGUCAGGAACAUGGCUGUGGGCAUCACAUCCAUGGCCUCCCGAGUGGGCAGCAUCAUCGCCCCCUACUUCGUUUACCUUGGUGCUUAUAAUAGAAUUCUGCCCUACAUCCUCAUGGGUAGUCUGACGAUCCUGAUCGGAAUCCUGACUCUUUUUUUCCCUGAGAGCUUUGGGACACCUCUCCCAGAGACCUUUGAGCAGAUGCAGAAAGUGAAAGGGUUCAGAUCCAGGAAAGAAACAACAGAGCCCAUGGAGAGAGAGGAAAAUCCCAAGGUUCUGAUUACUGCAUUCUAAUACGAUGUUGACCCCACCUGCUGAACUGGAACAGAGACAGCCAAGAAACGAACGUUCUUCUGCUAAUGGAGGCAUGGCAGUGACUAGCACUAACAGGACCUUACCACUGAGACACGGCGUCGCAUUGGAAACACUAGACCACCGUUCCUGAUCAUUCUCUUACUUUUAAAAAGAAGCCAUUUCUAGAGAAUAGGAACCAUUUCUUCACGAAUUUGACAGAAUGGGUUGGAAGCCUCUUAUUUAUUAUUUCAUUUUUUUGGAAAUGGCUUAGUCAAGAACUGGU